ACAUCGCUAGCAGCUGCCCGCGUCGUUGGUAUGGGGGGGAGCCGAUCCGAUCCGAGCCGAGCCGAUCCGAGCCGAGUCGAGUUGGAGGAGCCUUGUUCAGCCAUGUUAGUUUUCUCUGCUAUUCACAAACGAUGAGAGAGAGGAACCAUGGCCUUGUCAUUGAGCGGAGACGAAGAGGAGUAUGAUUCAGAGUCUGAGCAGCAGCGGGCGGCCAACCGGCCGAAGCCCAAGAUGGGGACGACGUCAGCCGUUAAGCUGCCGUCCAACCGCAGCUCGUCUGGUGCCAGACGCAGGAGGACACGCUGCCGAAAGUGCGAGGCGUGCCUCCGAACCGAGUGUGGAGAGUGUCACUUCUGCAAGGACAUGAAGAAGUUCGGAGGGCCGGGGCGCAUGAAGCAGUCCUGCAUCAUGAGACAAUGCAUUGCGCCCGUCCUGCCACACACGGCCGUGUGUGUGGUGUGUAAAGAGGCAGGGAAGGAGGACACACUGGAGGAAGAGGAGGACAAGUUCAACUUUAUGCUGAUGGAGUGCUCUAUCUGCAACGAGAUCGUCCAUCCCAACUGCCUCAAGGUGAGCGACGCCCCAGGAGUGGUGAACGAUGAACUCCCUAACUGCUGGGAAUGUCCCAAAUGCAACCAUGCUGGGAAAAGUGGAAAAGUAUUGAAGCAAAAAAGGGGUCCAGGCUUCAAGUAUGCCUCCAACCUCCCUGGCUCUCUGCUGAGGGAACAGAAGCCUGUGAAGGAGGAGGGAGAUGCUUCUUCUGCAGCCAAGAGGAGACCAGACAGAGAGGAGACUCCCAGGUACAGACCCGAGGAGUCUCUCCACCGACAGCCACCACUGCUCUCCCCCAACAGCCUGCCCAGACCCAGGCCUGAGGACAAACUGAGGAAGAAGAGGAAGCUGUUUGAUGAUGAUGAGGAAGAGGAUCUCAGUGUGAGGAAGAAGGAAAAGUCAGAUGAUCCUUAUUUAUCCAAACUUCUGCACCAAAUAAAGACAGAAGAGGAAGAUGAAGAUGUAUAUGAGGAGGAGGAUGAAGAAGGAAGGGAGCCUCACUUCCGAAAUAGUGUAGACAGGAAAGGGCGUUUCGGAGACGCUGAAGAAGAAGGGGAUGACAAGGACUCCAAGAAUGAAAUUUUGAAUCCGUGCAUUAAAACACCUGUUGGAGACAGUGACCAGUCUCACUGCAGCUCUCCGCAGGCUGGCCCCAGCAGUGAGGGCGGAAGCGAGACCCAGGAAAAAGGUCCGCGUCCAAAAGCUCGCCGUAAGCGCCGUUUACCUAACAGGGAGCUUAGCCGGGAACUGAGCAAAGCACUGAACCAGGAAAUUCAAAAGACGGAGGACUGCCUGGCCAACGAGAAUCGCCAACCCCUCAAGGUAGAGCCGGAGACAGAAAACGAGGAACCCAAGAGGUUGUUCCGCAACAGCAAUGAACUGGGGGAUCAGAGGCCCCACCUCAAGACCAAAGAGAUGAAUGGGACCCCGUGGGAGCUGCGGCACUUCUACCCAAGUCAGAUCACUCCGCUGGGCUUCAACAGGAGCACCCCAACCAACCGGCCGGUGCCCCCGCGCUCCCCACCCAAGUGUGUCCAAAUGGAGCGGCACGUCAUUCGCCCCCCCCCAAUAAGCCCACCUCCUGACAGACUGCCUCUAAAAGAUGGUAAAACGCACGUCAUACAGCGCGAGGUCUGGAUGAAGAUCUUUCGCUAUCUCACACACCAGGAGCUGUGUGUCUGCAUGAGAGUUUGCAAGACGUGGAACAGAUGGUGUUGUGAUAAGAGACUUUGGACAAAGAUCGACCUGAACCGCUGCACCUCCAUCACUCCACUCAUGCUAAGCGGGAUCAUCCGCCGACAGCCAGUUUCCCUAGACCUCAGCUGGACCAACAUAUCCAAGAAACAAUUAAGCUGGCUUAUUAAUAGAUUACCAGGUCUGCGAGUGUUAAAGUUAUCGGGGUGUUCUUGGGCUGCUGUAUCUGCACUCUGCACCUCCAGCUGCCCUCUGCUGCGCACCCUGGAUGUCCAGUGGGUGGAGGGACUUAAAGACGCACAGAUGAGGGACCUCCUCUCACCCCCCACAGACAACAGACCAGGUCAACUGGAUAACCGCUGCAAGUUGCGGAAUGUGGAGAACCUGCGGCUAGCGGGGCUGGACAUCACCGACACGUCUUUACGUCUCAUCAGUCGGCAGAUGCCUUUGCUGUCCAGGCUGGACCUGAGCUACUGCAACCAUAUCAACGACCAGUCAGUCAACCUACUGACAGCAGCAGGGACCACGACCAGAGACUCUCUUACAGAAAUCAACCUGUCUGUUUGUAACCGGGUCACAGACCAUUCCCUAAACUUUUUCAAGCGAUGUGGAAGCAUCUGUCAGAUAGACCUUCGCUUCUGCAAGCAGGUGACCAAGACUGCCUGCGAAAGGUUCAUCGCAGAGAUGUCUGUGAGCGUACCAUUUAGACUGAAAGAGGACAAACUGCUGCAGAAGGCAAGCUAGUUCCUAACAGGACACAAAUGAUUGAAAGACUGUCUUUGCACUUAAUGGAACCAUUUGUUUCUUUUUAAACUGGUCUCUAGGAUAAGUCUCUGUGUCAGUGUCAUGGUAAACAAAUUUGAAAUGAGAGACAGAUUUCUGGAUGGAGAACUUUGAUGUACUCUAAUGUAGGGAGGUGAUAAACAUUCACCAGACGGACAAAGAGGAAACGCCAUGCAUGUAUUUGUUUUGAGAUUGUACUUUUAUAAAGACGUGCUUGUAAUUGACGGUUGGUUUGUUUAUUUUUAAUCUUUAAAUAUUUGAAAAGGCAGUAUUUUUUUAUACAAGCAUAAUUUCAUGAGUUUACAGUGUCUCAGGAGCUAAAUGUCACAGAGAGACUGUCCGGCAUGUGAACGGAAAUUUGUCCCCUUCCUCAGUCUACCUUCAAACGACAGUGUCUCCUAUGUGCCAAAAUCUGGAUUUGAAAUCAAUGAAAUUUAUCAGUAUCAGAAAAAAUAACAUGUAUGUACAGUAAUAAAUAUCUGACAAAAUUAUUGUGAGUACUUCCCAAAAAUUUCACAAAUGAUAAAACAGAGUAAACAAAUUUCAUAUUCC